AUUUAAAUGCGUGCUACUCCUUCAAUUUUGAGAUAUCAAUUCAAGACCCGAUAUUUGCUUACAUCAUCUUCUCCCCAAGAAGCUGUUCUGCUAAUUUCGGACAACUAUAGGAUAUAGCUGCCAAAGAACCUGAUCGAUCGAGCUCAAGUCUCUGUUAGAAAAACUUGUUUGUUUAGCAAAUUAUCUUUACGAAAUUUGACACAGAUUAUUGUCGAAAAUAUCCUCGCUGCAUCCUCCGAACGAAAUGUUCAGUUCAGAGCAAUAAAGCAUAUAGCUGACAUACAAGACAACCGAUCAAAAAUAUCAUUUUUUUUAAUUUUAUGAUGUAAAACCCCCACCUGUGAAGGGUGUAAUACCGAAGUGAACUUUUUUUUUGUUUCUGGUAUUUUAUAUGCUGUCCUUGAUAUUGCAUACUAUGUAGCAUUGACCUAAACUGCAGACCAACAGCCAACCUAUACUCUUAUUUGAGCAGAUGAUUUACAAUGUUUACGCAGAAAUUAAACGUUGAGAACACUGUACGUGCUCAUAAGAGUAUAUAUUUAUAUACAAACAUAUACAUAUAUAAAGUUAAAUACAUAUUUGCAUUCACAACUCAUUACUCAGAGGGACGAAAAAAUCACAAAGUACCACGCAGAAAAAUGAAGGAAAAAAGUUAAACAACUGCAAGUUAAGUGAAAUGACAACAGAAAUUAUCAAUUACAUAGAAAAUCAAAUCAAAUUAUUACAAAAACAACACAACAACACGUGCCAGACGAUAUAGACGAUAUGAAGUUAACUUUGUUUGUGUGUGUGUGUGACUAGCCAAUGCAAUGCAAUUUAAUAAUGAGGCAGAAGAAGGUAGCAAGUCGGGCGUUCGAACAUCUAUUUUAAACACACAACAGCAAACAGUAAUAAAAAAGUAAGAUUUGAUCAAAGAUUGCAAAAAGCGAUAACUCGCCGGGCGAUCUGCAAUCAUUGCGAAUUUCUGCGAACAGUAGAAGAACGAUCGGCGGUGGAUGCAAACGGACGCGUGAACAAAAAAAUAUAUAAAGGUGCAUAUAAUAUAAGAAAAUAAAAACGGUUAAAUGUUUGGAAGGUUCGAAAAUAAAACUUAAAAAAAUAAAAGUAAAGAAAUACGCAUAAGAAUAAUAAAGAAGUUGUGAAAUGGGUCGGUCCAGUUCCAAACUACUGGAAACGCCCAACAAUCCUUUGCAGGAGUUGCAAUUCGAGGAGCGUAAGCGUGAGCAACGCAAACGCAAGCAAGAAAAGCAACUAAAAAAAAUCGCCAAAUUACAAAAGAAACAAGCGAAGAAGACAAAGCAGAAAAGCAAACAGAGCAAGGAUGCCGAAAAACAGACUUCCAUAACCACUAAACACGCUAGUGGCACGAAGCGCACGAAUAGCCUGAAUUCGCAGAGCACAAGCUAUGAAAUCAAUAAGGAGGAAUUCAACCGGCAAAUCGAGCAACAAAUACAAAAUCAUUUGGAUAGCGAUCUCUGCACGUUCAUCAUGAAUCAGGUGUCGUUGACGUUGCAGUUUUUCGGGAACUAUGAAAAUGAAUUGGCAACCAUUUCUGAGGAAUUGCUAGCCAAAGAGAAUGAUUUGAAUCAGAAUCUCGAGGAGCAUUCCAUACUUUUAUCGACGCCAUUGGAUGCUGCUGUCUCCAAGUGGAUGCAAUAUAAGCCAGUCCACGGUCCAGAAAAACACACUCCUCAACCGCUCCAGCCGCUGGCAAUGUAUGUGAUAUUCGAAAAUAUCGAUAUAGCGCGACCGAACGAUGCGAAUUACGAUUCAAUUUCACCACUUUGCAAAGUUGAUUUGGACACGGAUUUUUAUAACACAACACCCUGUAAGGAGGACUACGUGGAAAUGUUGCGCGAGACAAAAUGGAAGGGCUAUGUACGGCUGAAAUUACGUGAAGAACCAAAAACCCAACGUAUCGGGGCUAUCGAUGGCGAUGUCUAUACGGACGGCAGCUCGGGUUAUAGCACGACGAGUGCCUAUAGUCUUAAAGCACCAAACAAUCACGCGGAAUCUGAUUAUGACUACACCUACAUAGCACAUUUGAAUACACAUCACCCAUUGGCCGAGCUUAAGAUGCACAAUCAACGCGGUAACUAUAAAUUGGAUGCUAAAGUUUUGCCGGACUCAUGCGUGUCCAAUUUGCGGCAGUUUGCUGAACCAUUGAAUGAUGAAGACACCGACGACGAUGAUGAUGACGAUGAAGAUGAAACUGAGCCGGAGUCCGAUGACGAAGACAGCGCUGAUGAAGGUUACAAUGGCGUGCAAAGGAGAGCCAAUGAGAAGACACGUUACCGAGAUGUCGAGACAUUGGAGGCCAUACGUUUGUAUAAGUUGGAGCAGGAACGACGUCAGGUGCUGAUGCAACAAUGUUAUCUCAACUCCAAAGAAUUUAUGCGUUACUUUGGUGAGUUGGUACGUCAACAGCUUGCCGAUCGCUUACAAAUAUUCCCCGAAGAAUUGAACGAGGGCACAUAUCGCGGUUCAUCGAUCUACACAAAAUACUUCGAACUCAUACCGGCCAUUUAUGUGGCGCAUAAUGCACAACACUGGCCCGAUUGCGCAUUUCAAUUUCGUAUACGCGAACGUCCUAUCUCCACCAAUCCGCUAACUGGACAGCAAUUUCAAUGGCCAACGCGUUCGAUGAUUAGACGUAUCGAAACUUUUGGCUUUCAUGUCAUACCCAUUGGUUAUGCGCCCAAACGACAACGGAAUCCUUUUCGUGAGCUCGAAUGGCGUAUUGUGUUUCCGAAAGCCGAACGCUACUUGGAACAGCAUUUAACAAAUACACAAGUGAAGGUAUUCAUGAUGACCAAGGCUUUGGUGAAGACUUUUGUCGAACCACUAGAGAAACAUAAGGCGCUCUCGUUCAUAAUGGAACAUCUGCGCAUGCAUCUCUUCUGGGAAUGCGAGCGUAACUACACUGGCUGGCCAGAGGAGUAUCUCGGUGAGGUCCUCUUGCGUUUCAUUAGCACAUUUAUGCAGCGACUGCGUGAAAAAUGUUUGAAGGACUUCUUCAUUGAAGAACGUAAUCUCUUCGAGAGCAUACCGGAAUACUCUUUAGUCAUGUUAUUCUCAAUACUGGCCGAUAUUGUAGCAAAUCCUUUGAUGCAUCUAAUGGUGGCGCUUAAAAAUCUAGAUUUUGAAGAAGCUUUCUUUCCAAAAUUGAAUUUUAAGAAGUUAUUUGAAAAUCUUUCCGAAAAUAAUAUGUUAAAAUUGAAAAUACAAGCUAAAAAUUCACGAAGUCUUGUUGGCUUGGAUGCGGCAGAAGAUGAACCGGCACUCUUGCAAGACGAAGGUGCAAAGGGUUUGGUUGGCAUGAAGCAACAUCGUGAGAAGACCAACGGUAAACUAAGAAGGAAGACGCAUGUGAUGCGACACAAUAUUGAAAUGAAGAAGAAACAAGAAUAUGAACGGCGUCGCUUGUCAGAGGAGUCUAUAGACAUCGAGUUUUUCUUUCGACGCAAUAUAAAGAACUCCAAAUUGAAGCAUCUCAAUCAGGGUGUUGAAAACUUACGACGCACAAAUAUACUCGAAAUAAUCAUAGACCAUCUUAUAGCGAUGACCGAAAAGGCAAUGGAGUUUCGUGUUUGUUAUUUGGCUAAAACGUUCUUGGCACACGCGAGGCGCCUCUGCAAAUUCUACCACAAUUAUGGUUGCGAUAUGGGUGCUAGAGAGUACCUCAACACCAUCGGCAGUUUGGAGGAGGAAAUCGCCGGUUGGCAGACGAAUGAAGAUUUUAAAAAUUUACCGCCAACGUUGCCGAUACGCACAAGUGUAGAGACCAGCAGCAAGACUAAGCUAACCAAAGAAGUUUUCGAGCAUUUAGAGAGCGUGCGUCGUACCGUCAGAGCGGACAUUGAAGUAACGUACAGUGAAAGAGAAAACUCUCCAGCGACUGUUAAUAGAAAAAGCAUCGCACAGUCGGUGGAGGAAAGCAUUGAGCUUGUGCAUUCGUACAAUGAUCUCGAGUUAGUGGAUAACAUAACACCCAAUUUAGGCCGACGCAAGUCUAUUAAGUUCACCGAACAUGUAGUCGAAGUACAUGAAGGAGACACAAAUCCAAUACAAAAGCCUGAAGGUCAGAGUGUGGUUGGUAUUUUGCGCUUCAAUCCUGAAGUAACGGAAAUAUGUGAUGCACCUACAAUCGAAAGAGAUAAACGGGAGGUCGCUUAUGAGAGCUAUGAAUCGAUUGAUACCUAUAGUUUGAACGCUGAAUUUGGUGAGAACAGUCGUAUUGAUGGCCUUGUGAGUAGUGAAGAAAUCAAUAAAUCACAAGCGGAAGGCGAAGAUGAAGCAGCAGAGACAACUGAUAGCGCGCGGGAUACUGCAGCAAAAACGCCAAGUGAUGAAAGAAUACUCGGAGGUUUUAGUAAAAGAGUUGGCAUGCUGCGUAAGCUAACGCACGGCAAUUCGCAAGUCAUUAAAGAUAUCACAUCGUCAACGGAGAAGCUAUUCGUUUCGAUGGCCUCGGAAGAAACACGCUCACAGUUAAAAGAGGUGAUAAGACGCAAAACAUUUCAGCUGAAAGGUGCUUUCAAUCAGUGCUCGGAGUCUUGACAUUGAUUUAAGCUCCUUUAUAUAGGCUAUGUACAUAUAUACAUUUAGAUUGAAGAAGACCGAAAGUAUUAUCAUAAGCUUUAAAUUAAAUAAAGAGAUUUAAAAUUGCAUAGAAAUGCCCUAAUCUCUGCUUUCGACUAUAGAGUUUGAGGGUAAAGAUAUUUAUAAAUUGAAUUAAGUUGAUACAAUCCAAUGAACUUCAGUUUAAGGGGCACACGACCGCAGAAUGGGGGUGACAAAACGAGAAGACUGCAGGAAAUGUUUAGAACAGGGCACCAGGGAAACAAUGGAGAAUCUCUUGUGCACUUGUCCCGCAUUUGCAAGGCUACGCUAUAAGCUUCUGAGGUACCACACGGUAUGAUACACUGGAGGAGGUAUCGAUAAUGAGGCCGCAGAGUCUUUUAAAAUUCACGUCAAGCGUAGGCAUCCUAAAGAAGGACUACUUCUCUUGGAUCUAGGAACUGAUCUCCAUCCGGUAUUGGAAAGGACCAAAACUGGCCGACCAGUUGAACCUAACCUAACCUACAACAGAAUUGAACCCAGAGUUUUUUACGUCCAAUAUCUGUCAACUCGGCAGUAUUCUUAAAAAUUAUUUCGGGAAUACUUUGCCACUACAACAGCUAGGCAGAACAUAGCCACUAACUCAUUAGUUUCGACUUAAAUUAGAUUGAAAGUCGAUCCAGCCACAUUUUUUUAAGUCCGAGGAACUUAAACCCUCAAAGUAUUUAGAAUUGUGUAGAUAGAAUCGACUAAAGCCAAUA